GUCCCUGAUUUGCUCUUUACAGUACUCUUGCAGUCCCUAUAUUGUGGACUUUUUAUCGGUUUUGCUUGUGGAUGGCGAGCUGUGUCUGUGCAUGGAAUUCAUGGAUGGACAUUCGCUGGACUGGUAUAAGAAAUUGCCUUUUUUGGUACUUGGUCCCGCCACAGUCUCUGUCGUUUGUGGACUUCACUAUCUGUGGAUGCACAAAGUGAUGCACAGAGAUAUAAAGCCGAGCAAUAUAUUGGUCAACAGGCAGGGAGAAGUGAAAAUUUCGGAUUUUGGAAUAUCCAAACAACUUGAGCAAUCUGUCGCAUGCAGUUUUGUUGGAACCAACAUCUACAUGGCUCCAGAACGCAUACGAGGAGGCCCGUACAGAUUGUGCUCUGAUGUAUGGAGUUUCGGUUUGACGAUGUGUGAACUGGCAAUUGGGAGAUUCCCUUUGCCAGUAGCAGGUGUCUCGAAUGCAGUACAGAAUAUUUUCGAUGAAAAAUUCGAUGUUAUGAAUUAUAUCGAUGGUGAAGAAGACCUU